CUGUCGUCCUGUUAGCUUUAAGGUCUAUAAUUUACAUAUUUUUUUGUAGUUUUUUACUUUAUUCAUAAUGAUACCCAACACAGUUCGAACUGCAAGCCGUAAAUUGACGGUUCCAAAGGUAUGUGGUGAUAUUGAUUUAUCCCUUUUCAGGAGCUUAUCAGUGGAAUAAUUGCAAGGUUAAAAUGGUCAUUUGAUUAGAGAUGGCCAAAGACGUGUUUAAGGACCUCCUGAAAGUGAGGAAACGAAUUAUUUACAAUAUAGAAUAUUGUGUAAUGAAAACAUUGGGCCUGUUCACAAAGCAGAAUAACUAUGCCACAGAAGCCACCUUUGAAACAAAGCCCUGCAAAUUGUACAAGUUAGAAGAUGCUCCUCCAACGUCUGCAACCAUCAAUAAAGAAGAUGCCCUUCGGAUGUAUACUAGGAUGCACACCAUCCGAAGGUUGGAGACUUCAGCUGGAAGUUUGUACAAGGAAAAGAUUGUCAGGGGAUUUUGUCACCUAUAUUCUGGCCAAGAAGCAGUAGCAGUCGGCAUCAAAGAGGCCAUGAGGCCACAUGACGCAGUCAUCACAGCCUAUCGCGCCCAUGGUUGGACGUACAUAAUGGGAGUAGAACCAAUGGGAGUUCUAGCAGAACUGUGUGGCAGACAAAGCGGCUGUGCUAGGGGCAAAGGUGGUUCUAUGCACAUGUAUACUGAUAACUUUUAUGGAGGAAACGGUAUUGUAGGUGCACAGGUACCCCUGGGUGCAGGCAUAGCUUUAGCUCAGAAAUACAAAGGCACUGACGGCGUUUGCAUCGCUCUGUAUGGUGAUGGCGCGGCCAAUCAGGGACAAGUAUUCGAAGCUUACAACAUGGCCAAAUUGUGGGACCUCCCUUGCAUUUUUGUUUGUGAAAAUAACGGAUACGGUAUGGGUACCAGCGCACAAAGGGCAUCCGCCGAUGUAAACUUCUAUCAGAGAGGCAUGUAUGUGCCUGGAUUGUGGGUAGAUGGAAUGGACGUGUUGGCUGUUAGAGAAUGUUUCAAAUUCGCCAUCAACUACGCAGCCAGCGGGAAAGGUCCAUUGGUCAUUGAGGCGGCAACAUACAGAUACUCAGGACAUUCCAUGUCUGAUCCAGGAACAAGUUACAGGACAAGAGAUGAAAUUCAAGAAGUGAGACAAACCAGGGAUCCCGUCACGUCGUUCAAGGAAAAGAUUACUUCUACGGAAUUAGUCUCGGCAGAUGAAAUUAAGAAAAUCGACGGGGAAAUCAGAACGACGAUAGAUGAAGUGACGAAGAAAGCGAAGGCUGACAAGGAGAUUGGUUUAGACGAAUUAUGUGGUGAUGUGUACAGCAUAAACUUAGAGCCUAAGAUUAAAAGUGUCGAUCCAUUUACGCCUUUAACACAUAAAAGGAUUGGACCGGCUGUGAACUUUAAGUGAAAAAUCUGAGCUGUUAAUUAUUUAUUUAUGCAAUUUUUUCAUUUAUUACUGCCAUUUUAGGGAGAUUCUGUCCGAAUUUUAUCAUUUAACUUUCUAGAUAGUAUGAUUAUACGAUCACUAAUUGUGUUUAUGCAAUUUUGGAACGGGUCUAGGAAGUGUUUUUUUAAAUAUUCUCAGAAAUAUUGUAUAUACGCUACUGUACACAGACAAUAAAACCAUACAUGAAUUUACGAAAUCAUUUUAUUGUUCGGC